CAUGCUGGGCAACAGAACUCUUUCGAGGGACCAGUUUGACAUCUGUGCCAAAACAACAGUGGUUGAUAAUGUCACCGUGGCCACCAAGUUGACGGAGCUUUUCUGCCCACAUUACAAUGUCACCUCCGCGCAAUGUGAUGAGUACUUCCGCUUCAACAAUGUUACAGAGAUUGCAGGGAUUCCUGGUGCCGCCAGCGGCAUUUUGAAAGAUAACAUCUGGAGUAAUUACUUGGAGAAAGGAGAGAUCCUGGAGAAAGCCGACCGCCUGUCUGUGGAUGUUUCUGGCCACAAGAGCAACCUCCACUUGUACGUUUAUGCAGACAUCGCAACAUCCUUCACGGUGCUUGUGGGCAUCUUCUUCCCUUCUGUGACAGGGAUCAUGGCUGGUUCAAACCGAUCCGGAGACCUCAAGGAUGCCCAGAAAUCUAUUCCUAUUGGAACGAUCCUGGCCAUUGUCACCACAUCUCUA